GGAGGCGGCGGAGCGGGCGUGGGUCCCGCGGGCAGCGAUGGCGCUGCGCUGCCUCCUGCUGCUGCUCUGCGGAGCCGCGCUGGGACCCGCCGUGCAUCUCGACUUUGCCGAACACCGCAGCCAGGCCGCCAAGAUCAAGGUCAACCCCCGCGGCAACCUCUGGGCCACAGGUCACUUCAUGGGGAAGAAGAGCGUCACGGGGUCCCCGCACCUGGAGUCGCCGGAGGAUCCUGCAGUGCCGAUGGUUUUCGGUCCCUCCCUCCGAGCCUUGCUGGAGGACAUGAUGGAACUGCUGACCCGGGAGCUCCUGAAAAUCCUCUUGCAGGAAAGACUGUUGGAUGAGAACCAAGGGAAAUAUGACCUCACUGACCAGGAGACUGGGCUUUUAACAAAGGUGCUGGAGAAGUACUUUUCAAACUGAAGAGGUGCAGCUGGGGAGGAUGAGGUCUGCAAGGUCAGCUCUGCGUGGUGAACUGAGGAGAGCAUCGUCCUUGUGGGUUUCUAUAGCAACAUCAUUUUAUUUAUUCUUUCUGUAAUAUUGUUAAUAAUGAUUGUGUGUAUGAAAAGUGGAGCCUCUCUGUAUAGUUCCUGUAUGUUUUGUGUGUUCUUGAUGUCUGAUGUGCCCCUGUGAAUAAAGCUGGCUCUUUGCACAGA